UGACCAUCGUGUAAAAGCCUGGUGCGCCAGUGUGAAACGCUAUAGGCUGGAGGGAGGCAGCUGUUGCCAUUAUAUUACCAGCCAGCUUAGAUACAUCAGCGGCUUCACCCUCCCUGAACAGGAAAAGAAAAGAAAAAAAAAGAAAAAGAAAAAAAAGAUGAGUCCAUCAUAAACAUACCAAACUGAAAAUAGAUUUUAAAACAAAGUUAAAUCAAUGGUACAGAAAAGUAGUAUGUCCAGGACGCCUUCGACCUCAACCCAGGAGAUCCAAAUGGACAUGUUCGACCAUCAUCCUCACACACAGGGAAAGUACGCCAAGAGGAAGAGCCGAUUCAAGCGCUCAGAUGGAAGCACCUCCUCUGACACCACCUCGAACAGCUUCGUACGACAGGGCUCUGCAGACUCCUACACCAGCCGGCCGUCAGACUCAGACGUGUCCCUGGAGGAGGACCCGGAGGCUCUGAGGAAGGAGGCCGACAGACAGGCUCUCGCUACGCUUGAGAAAGCAAAGACCAAACCGGUGGCAUUUGCUGUGCGCACAAAUGUCGGUUACAACCCGGGCCCCAGUGAUGAUGUCCCUGUGCAGGGCAUGGCCAUCUCCUUUGAAGCCAAAGACUUCUUGCACAUCAAAGAGAAGUACAACAAUGACUGGUGGAUCGGACGUCUGGUGAAGGAGGGCUGUGAGGUGGGCUUUAUUCCCAGCCCGGUCAAACUGGAGAACACCCGUCAGCUGCAGGAGCAGAGGAUGAGACAAAACCGGCUCAGCUCCAGUAAAUCUGGAGGAAGCUCUAGCCUGGACGUUGCCACGGGAACCCGCAGGCCCACCCCACCAGGCACAGCCCACGUGGACAUGUCCACAGUGGCCUUUGACGUUGACCCCCUCGACCUGGAUGUCGAUGAGCCCCCUGAGUCCCAGGGUGAACCUCAUUCCUCCAAGGGCACGUCAGGCAGCGUAACAUCCCCCCAGGCCAGCAUCCACCGACUGCCCUUCUUUAAGAAGAUGGAGCAUGUCCCUCCGUAUGAUGUGGUUCCCUCCAUGAGACCCAUCAUCCUGGUUGGACCUUCACUCAAAGGCUAUGAGGUAACAGAUAUGAUGCAGAAAGCGCUCUUUGACUUUCUGAAACACAAGUUUGAGGGCAGGAUAUCCAUCACGCGGGUGACAGCCGACAUCUCUCUGGCCAAGCGCUCGGUCCUCAACAACCCCAGCAAGCACACCAUCAUCGAGCGCUCCAGUACUCGCUCCAGCCUGGACGUACUGGCGGAGGUGCAGAGUGAGAUUGAGCGUAUCUUUGAGCUGGCCCGCACCUUGCAGCUAGUCGCUCUGGAUGCAGACACCAUCAACCACCCCACUCAGCUGGCUAAGACUUCCCUGGCUCCCAUCAUUGUCUAUAUCAAAAUAGCCUCACCUAAGGUUCUCCAGAGGCUCAUCAAAUCCAGAGGAAAAUCCCAGGCUAAACACUUAAAUGUUCAGAUGGUCGCAGCGGACAAGCUGGCUCAGUGCCCACCUGAAUUGUUUGACAUCAUCCUGGACGAGAACCAGCUGGAGGACGCCUGCGAACACUUGGCCGACUACUUGGAGGCCUAUUGGAAGGCGACGCACCCUCCGAGCAGCAACCCUCCCAACCCUCUGCUCAACCGCACCAUGGCCACGGCUGCCUUGGCCGCCUCCCCUGAGCCCGUCUCCAACCUGCAGGGGCCGUACCUGGUGCACGGUGACCAGAAGCGGGAAGGGCCUCUGACAGAGUGCAGUGGGAGCGGGACUCUGCAUGACUAUCAGACAGACCUGGGGGGGAAGCCUCAGCAGCAGCACCAGCAGCAGAUGUACCUGCGCUCCUCUCGCGGUCAGCUACGGGGAGGGAGCGGCCGAGGUCUGUCGCGGCAAGACACCUUCGACUCCGAGACCCAGGGCAGCCGGGACUCUGCCUACACCGAGGCCGGCGACUCCUGCAUGGACAUUGAGACUGACCCCUACGAAGAGCCCGAGCCCUACCGAGGGGGUGGCGGCAGCCGCCUUCACCUGGCCCAGCAUCAUGGCCGACAGGCCUCCUGGGAAGACGAGGGAGCCGAGCCGGACCAGGAAAACCUAAACCACCCUCCAAUGCCGAGCCAGACACAGCCGCAUGGACGUGCUAAGCUGAGGGAGCGUUACUGCCAGGACCCUGUGGACACAGGGGCCAAUAUAAGCCGCAACAAGAACCAGGAUGAUUGGGGCAGGGAUGUCUACAUCCGCUGAACACUCACCAUACCACAGGAUGAAGAAAGCUAGAGACAGACUGAAGACAGAGGGAGAUGAGGGGAGGGGAGGGCAAAGAUUUUGGUUUUUGGGUUCAGAAGAAACUGAAGUGUGGGUUUGGGGCCAUGUCGCUCAACAAAAAAACCUGUUUACAUCCCAGUACAAUGUAAAGAACUUAUCAACCAUCAACUGCCAGAUCCCAUUAUUCAUCAACUUCUCGCAAUUCAUUUAUGUUUAGAAAAAAAUAAUAUUGGUCUGUUUUUGUUUCCUAAGUUAAUACUGCAUGAAUAUCAUGGAUUUCUCUACUGGCAGCACAAGGACAGUAUUUGUUAUGAUGUAUGACUCGAUCUCUCCUUCAGUUGUAGAGUGUAAAGGCUGGUAAAGCUGUAGUCUGUCAUGUCUGUCCUCUGCAGUCUUAAACAGGGUCUAAUGUCACCGUCUCCAUGUGUGUACAGUGUCAGGGUUCCUCUUUACCUUAAUCUCACUCAGUGCUUUUGGCUUUCAGGGUCUCCUCCCAUACUGAGAUCCAGAAGUUGUGAGUCUCUCACCUCCACUUUCUUAUCACCCAGACCUUAAAAAAAAAAAAAAACCUGGUGAAGAAGUUGCCAUAUUUUAUCACACAACUUUAUCAAUGUUGCUAAACUCAUGUUAGCCUCCUCUUCUUCGUGUGUGCUGAGGGCACCUACAGUAUUCACCUGUUCUCUGGUUCCCUAGCGUGGCGCAGAUUCAGAGCAGCGCUGCAGUCGUAGUCGUGUGAAUGAAGCGUCCUGCCUUAGUCACUCUCGCCCCUAAAACACCUUUAUUUCAAGAAAACUUCGAUCACAAGUGCCGGAAUGUCUCGCCAAGCCAUGUCCACCACUGCCACGGUGGGAUGUCUUAACUCUUGUUCCACUCGUUUUCAUACCAUAUCUUUGUCUCCUCGUGUCUCGUGGCUACUCUGGAUCGUAGCCUUGUUGUUGUUGCUCAUCUCGUUUUCUUUGCACCAGCUUCGUCGUCCGUUUUUCAGGGCUAAUGGUAAUAUAAAAAGUACUUAUGUGUGUGCGUGUGUGUGGUUAAUCACUCCCAACUUCCACCCCAACAGCUAGCUUGUCUGAUAUUAAAUACCACUCUCUUCUUUCUCUUGAUUUCUGACUGAAUUAGUGUUGUUUUUCCUGUGAACACUUGCAAUUUUUUUUUUUUUUUUUUUUUUUUUUUUUAAUCUUCAGUUCUUGUGAGGUAGUGAGAGGAGGUUGAAGCUGGGAGGGGGGGACAGGAUCAGCUUUGGUCUUUACUCAGAUAUCUAUAAUGGAGAAUCCAUGAAUGUCUAUGGUGGGCUGCUUCGGCCCGCCCCGUCUUCAGUUGAAUAAAUAAAUAUUAAACAAUGAUCAGUAAAUAAUGUUAUUGUUGCGUUAUCGCAAUUGUUAAAAUUAUGAAAUAACAUGUUUCAUUGGUGCCUGAUUGUAGCUACAUUUUGCUUUUUCUGCCUUUCAUUUUUAAUCUGUGGAUAAAUUCGUAUUUUAAUUAAAAAUUUAAUCAGAAAA